AUGGCUGCAAUCAUGUUAUGCACGUGCAGCGGGGACCAAUCGAAGUUUGAAGAGAUGCCCCGAUCACCGGAAUCUCUCGCAACACGGGAUUUCUCAGCAAGUGGUUCUUGUUCGAGACCAGGAAAACGAGAAGCAACGCCUGAUGAUAGCCAAGUGAAUGAAGUGGAAUCGGACUUAAGAGAGACUCUUUCGCUAAAUUAUGAGGAGGCCCGGGCAUUGCUGGGUAGACUGGAGUAUCAGAGAGGAAACUUUGAUGCAGCAUUGCAAGUCCUUCAGGGCAUUGAUAUAAGAAGCCUCAAACCACGAAUGACCAGUGCUGUUACUGAAAGUGCCAAGCCUAAAGUUUCUCCACGUUCUUCAAGACGGAAAACCUCACAAGUGAAUGGAAUGCUAGUGCAUAUGUCAAUGCAUUCUGUAAGUUUGCUUCUGGAAGCCAUAUUGCUUAAAGCGAGAUCUUUGGAAAGACUUGGUAGAGUGACAGAUGCUGCAGAAGAAUGCAGAACCAUCAUAGAUAUUGUAGAGUCUGCAUGGCCGGAUGGUGUUCCUGAAGGUACUUCCGAAGACUGUAAGUUGAUAGACAUGUUCCACUCGGCUCUAGAAUAUCUUCCUAACCUAUGGAUGAGAAGUGGUUGUUUUGAGGAGGCCAUAACUGCAUAUCGGAGAGCUCUUGCAAGGCCCUGGAAUUUGGAUUCUCAAAGGUCCGCCAACUUACAAAAAGACUUAGCGGUGACUCUACUGUACUGUGGUAUUGAAGUGAAGUCUCCUCAAGAGUUCAGUCAGCAACGGAACUUGGCAACCCCGGAGAACAACAUCGAGGAAGCAAUUUUGCUGCUGUUUGUACUUAUCAGAAAGCUAACCUUCCAAGAAAUAAAGUGGGAUCCUGAUCUCGUGAACCAUUUGAUGUACGCACUGUCAUUGUCUGGUCAUUAUGAAGUCUUGGCCAGGCAUCUAGAGAUGUUGUUACCUGGAACCUAUAGCAGAUCAGAAAGAUGGUACGUUCUCGCGCUUUGCUACAGUGCAGCUGGCAUGGAUGAUAGUGCCUUAAAUAUCAUAAGGAAUGGUUUCCGUGUGUUAGAAAGGAAGGGGAAACCUCAUAUUCCAUCUCUUCUUCUAGGAGCCAAACUAUGUUGUAAGAACCCAAAGCAUGCUUCUGAAGGAAUAAAAUUUGCAAAUAAAGCCAGGGAGUCAUUCAGAAGUCAUGAUAUGCAUUUCAUCAGUGCUGUGAAUCAUUUCCUUGGUGUUUGUUAUGGACCUUUUGCUAGGUCAUCCACUUCUCACACAGAAAAAAUGAGAUUGCAAGAUGAUGCACUGAGGCUGUUGCAGGAUGCUGCGGCAACGGCGAAGUAUAAUCCUGAAAUACUGUACAGCCUUGCUUGGGAAAAUGCAAUGCAGCGCAAACUGAAUGCAGCCAUUGAAAGUGCAGCGGAAUGUCUCGAAAUGGUGACAGGAAGUUCAGUGAGUACCUGGAAGCUGUUGAUUCUAGUGUUAUCUGCACAGCAGAAUUUGGAAGAAGCUGAAUCAGUAGCUGAUAUUGCACUAGAUGAGGCUGAGCAAGAGGAUCAAAUGGGUAUUUUGAGGCUAAAAGCACUAAUUCAGUCCUCCCGUGGACAAUUCAAGUCUGCUGUGGAAUCUUUUAGGAUUUUGCUUGCAAUCAUUCAAGCAAAGAAGGAAAUCUGGAAAUUGACCCCUUAUGAUAAGGUUAAAUCCCUGCAUGAGUUAGAGAUGGAAGCAUGGUUAGAUUUGGCAUCAAUAUACACAAAGCUUGAAGCAUGGAAUGACUCAAACAUCUGUCUUGACAAAGCAAAAUCCAUUGAUUUCUUAUCUCCAAAGUGCUGGCAUGUCAAAGAUAUUAAGAUUUCCAAAAGAACAUUGUAUUUAUUUGCUAUCAUCUUCGAGUUCUGGCUCAGUCAUACAAUUGAGGUUGAUAUUACCUGCAUGUGCUUAAGUAAUGGCCUGAUACUGGAGGCCCAGUCCUUGCACCAAGAAGCCCUCGAGGCAUUCUCAUUCUCCCUCUCCAUCAAUCCAGACUAUGUCCCUAGCAUGGUUUCUAUGGCAAGCAUUCUAAGAACUCUUGGAGCGAAAUCAUCGUCAAUCGCGAGAACUUUCCUUCGCAGCGCCACCCGCUUAGAGCCAACAAACCAUCAAGCCUGGAUGGGGCUCGGACUCGUCCUGAAAUCUGAAGGAUCGGUGCUUGAGGCCGCUGACUGCUUCCAGGCAGCUUACGAGCUCCUAGAGUUGUCACCUAUUCAGGAUUUCUCCGAGCAACUGCCCAUCUUGCUGCAGUAG